UGUUCCAUUGGUUAUAUUAUAUUUAGGCUGUAGUAGCCUAUAUUGUGGUGGUUAAACACCAAAUUAAAAAUGUAUUUUCCAACCCCAGUAUACUGAUCCGAGCAUCACCAAAAUGUAUUCAGUCUAAUCAAAGUUAAACCACAAUAAUAAAUAUUAAAACAGACAUUCAGAGUUGCCUGAAUGCGACUGACUUGUGGCUUGAAAAAUAAUCUUGAUUUUGUUGCUUAACUCCGGUUAUUUCUAUUCGAUGUUGAAAUCACACUGUUGCACAGCAUUCAUAGAACAGACUUUCUAAUAAUUCAUAUACAUGGCACCUAAACACUUAGAUAUUUUAACCAACAAUAGCGCAUUCAGUCAGCACUCUAAAGUCACAGAACAGCCAAUAUCUGUCAGCGCGCGAGCGGCACAUAUCAAAGCAUUUUCACUGAGAUAUUUGAAAACGGAGUCGUGUGGUGAACGCCUGCGUGUCCCUUUUAAAACAAAUCCAGGGCCUGUCAAUCAUCGUGCAUUCCGACCAAUCCCAAAGCACCGUUUUUAAAAGCUGGUCUGCCUGCUGUGCUUUUAUAUUGCAGUAAGGCCUGGUUCGGAGCAUUUUACUACCACGGUUAUUGCCACAAAUCAAGAGGGCAAAGUGAACGGCAUGGGACUCACACCAAUCUUAACGAACCUGGGUCCGAUUCCUGCGUCUGAGACUGCACAUGCAGAUGAUACAGCGGGCGACAUGGGGGAAGAGUUUUGUAGGUAAAUCGUAAACGUUAAACGUUGGUUGAUUUGCCAAGCCCUCAGCCAAGCUUGCAACAAAACAUGACAAGCCUGUCGCGGUUUAGUGGCUGCCCUCUUUCUUGCGUCAACCAUGGAGAGAGCAAUACUGAACCCAGCGUGGUGCUGCCACCUUUGGCAGAGGAGCACAUGGGGCACCCCACUGGCAGUUCCUUAAAACUCUGCCCCUCGCAAAAUGUGCUAGACUACCACGAGACGAGGGCUAGUGCAUAUGUUGACCACUCGGUUACCCAUUUUCCAGACACUGGAUACACCAGUCAUCGCUUAGAACCCAGUCCUAGGGGCAUUAUCAUUGGGACAAAUCUGUCAGCAGCAGGCAUGCCACCAGUAACUGAUCAGCUGGCUCCGAGACCUAACCAACAUGGCAAUAUUGGAAGGUACCGUGACCUCCACAGCUAUAGGGAUGGCAGGAGCCAUGCAUUCUUCACCACCUAUCAAGAGCAGGCCCAUGGCUCUUCAGACGCAACCCGAGACCUUAGCAGCCAAAUGAUGUUGGGUCUUCCAGGAGAUCUUCUCUCACGAACGCACCCGUAUGGGCAGUCGGUCAAUGGCCCCAGGGCCAACAGCCAGCAGUUAGUCACUCAGUUUUUGGAGUUCUAUAAGCCUCUGAAUAUGGCCAUGCAACGAGGCGGGGGUGACGCCUUCCUCAGGUGCUCCAGGCAGAACCCAAAGCACGAGCUGGUGUGCAAGUGGAGUGACGGCCAAGAAGGCACUGGCAAGCCGCCCUGCGCCAGGAGUUUUGGGACCAUGUAUGAACUCGUCACCCAUAUGACGGUUGAGCAUGUCGGAGGACCGGAGCACUCUGACUACGUUUGUCACUGGGAGAACUGUUCAAGAGACAGAAAGCCUUUCAAAGCCAAAUACAAGCUCGUCAACCACGUCAGAGUGCACACUGGAGAAAAGCCCUUUCCCUGCCCUUUUCAUGGAUGUGAAAAAGUUUUUGCCAGAUCCGAGAACCUCAAGAUACACAAGAGAACGCAUACAGGUGAGAAACCGUUUAAAUGUGAGUUUGAGGGCUGCAAUCGGAGAUUUGCAAACAGCAGUGACCGGAAGAAGCAUUCUCACGUUCACUCCAGCGAUAAACCCUACACGUGCAAGGUCAGAGGUUGUGAAAAAUGUUACACACAUCCCAGCUCCUUGCGCAAACACAUGAAACUCCACUGCAAGGCCUACAUUGCAAAAAUCGGCGAAGACGACGAGCACCUUGUAGAGACCGGGUCUCCCGAGGUAGUGGAACAGCAAGACACGCCCGCCUCUACCCCCGUGACGCGAACGAUGACGACCCAAUCCCUGUCUCCUGAAACACGAAAUGAGUCGACUAUGAGCUCACGUUUCCAUCACACCUUUGAAAACAGUUUGGACUAUAUGGCGCACAGGCCACAGUCCCUUUCGGACCCUCUGUCGCUACAACGGGGCAACUACAGACCAGAGUCUGUACAAUACUCGUGCAGCCAACCAAGUCAUUCGUUCACACCUAGCCAUAGACCUUUUGCGUCCAACUCACCUUUUCAAAAAAGUCUGGUAAAUGGCUGGUACACAUGUCAUAGCGCAGUGGACACCUUUUCACCCAAACACUGUAAGUGAUUUAUAAUGUCUAACUCGGACGUCUGCGUGUUAAAGCAUUUACGGAUGACAGCUGAAGGGUUCCUGUUCAUGUAGCCUAAUAUUGUCCUGCAGGCUUUCUAAGUGCAAUUUGUUAUUGUGAGCUUUAUCUGUUGUACCUCAUUAUCUUGUAUUGGUGAGACGUCGGUGACUAUUCCUAAACUGUAAAUAGCAAAUACCUUGCCAAAAUAUCUAGCAAAAAAGGUAAAGACAAGUUGCCAAAUUAGCCUAUACUUCAUAUAUAGAUAUAUAAAAUAUAUAUAAACAAGAUGCACAGAUGGAGUAGAAUAUAAAGGUCAUAAUAAUAAAGUAUGUUGUUUUCUGCACAGGAAGUAAAUGGCGUAUUAUUUUGAUGUUCUGUAGAGGCAGAGACUCCGUUGGCCUAUAUAUAUAUAUAUAUGUCUUGAAAAGUGAUAAUACAUUCUUUGUGUGUAAAUUACAACAUGGAUAUUACAUGCAUAUUCUGUCACAGCUUAUAUGUAGUUUAAAGGUUAUUCGCAAUAAAAAUUUCGUUUGUCUGCAUGUGUGUGAAGGUGAACCCAUUAUUAGACAACUCCUGAAAAAAAAUAUUUUAAGAUUUUCACACUACAUCAUCAGUGUGUGCAUUUGAUACCUUAAUACUUCUGUGGCGAUUAUUAUUGACAUCAGUCACCUUCAUGAGAAUUAAAGUGUGUAAUUAAGAUUCUACUGUAUACACUGUUCAGUUAAUUAUGCAUUCGAAGUUUCAUUAAAGUAUCUCUAUUCUCUUUGAUCAAGCGUCUGAUUUGAACUCUAUGCUUCUCAAAGGAAACGUGCGUGAGUUCAGUCUAUAACAAUUUUUGAUUUUUAUAUGUGGCCGUUUAUUCAACCGAUUCCAAAUAUGGGAGUUUGGUGUGUUUGGUGAAAUUUCAAAAGAAUAAACUAUAUAUAAGUAUUUUUAGUGUCUUUCAGACUUGUGUGCAGUGUCUAAAACAAUUAAUAUUAAUAAAAAAAAAAAUGUUACUAUGAAAUUGUUUUCAUUGAAGGCGAUUUUACAGCCAAAGUCGUCUCAACCGAAGCAGCUCCCAAAUUUAUCGUCAUUAUCUUUUCAGUUUAACCCGUCGUGUCUGGAUUCUUGAAUGCCAACUCUGUUAUGAGAAUUUUGUUUGCUAUUAAGUCUGUUGCUAUAUAAACUGCAGCGUAUUAUGGCACAGCAUAAAUAACGGUAGCCUAUAAAAGAACAUACAGGCCUUUAUUCUGAGCAGCGAAACGCCAAUCUGCACUCACUUCAGUUGCUUAAUAAAUGAAUGUGUGGAUUUUCAUUUGGUUUUGGUAGACUUCUCACUCGUUUUCAGUUUGAUGGAGCGUUUUAUUAUCGUACAAGAAUUGACAAUGAACUCAAAUCCUGUUAAAUCAAGUACAAAUCUGCUGUAAUCUCACCUCUGUCAUCAAGUACCAAAUGGCAGCCUAUAAAACUGAAAAGAAGCAAAAAACUUUGGUGGUGAUGAAUGAAAUGUUAGGUUAAUGCAGAAAGUACCACAACAAUGAGUCCUAAAUUUUCAGUCUGAGGUUCAUAGCUCUUUCAACAGUUGCAUAAUUAAAUCAUUUGGCAUAUUUUCUGAUUUGUCUUUAGUCUCAUUAGUUUCUUUCUUUCUCACAUGUUUGCAAUUGAAUUGAUAUUUUGAAAAAUCUGAACACUGACCUCAGUGACUGUAAAGAUUGAAAAUGGCUUUGGUAUAACUGAAUCUAAUGUUCUAACUUUCUUGUUAUAUAAUCAGAGAUGCAGAGAGUUUUAUUGGCCAGUUUUGCCUAUAGAUUUCUUCUAGUGUGUGUGUGUGUGUGUGUUUGUUUGUUUGUUUGUGUGUGUGUAUGUAUGUGUAUGUGGGUUUGGUGUUGUGAAAUGGUUGGGGAGUAGUGUUUCUCGAUUUGUAAUGCGAGUAACUUGCCUUUCUAACACCUCUGUGCUGUGAAGCAGCUAACACUAAUGACCAUGAUACAUAGCAUUUUAAAAGACUUAUUUUUUUCUUGGUCUGCUAUUACAAUAAUGCAUUUCAUUCAUAGUUUAAGAGCCCAGUUCCCACUGUCAAGGAUGGUGCCUCAGGCAGCAAUCAUCACAAACUACUUAUAGAGACAAACAUGGCGAAAAAUUGGUGACCAGAAAAUGCAGUGAGCCUCUGUAAUUUUUGGCCUAUUUAAGGCUUAAGAAAAAGAGACAGUGUGUUUAAUUGAAGUGGCUAUCAAGGCUCUUUGACAAUGUUUAUCUGUUUAGCUAUAGUGAAUAACCUAAGAAAGGUCAAAUGGCACAAAUAAAUAUCUCCCCUCACAGAAACCUUAUAACAUCAGCCCUAUACUGAUGCAACAAGUUUAAAACAAGUUGCUGUAAAAGUGAAAUUAAACGCUGCUGGAUUACUGAGCAUGCAGGAAAUUGAAAAAAGAGGACAGAAAGAUAUUUGUGACGAUCUGAUGCUCGGCAACCAUAUUCGUAUCUAUUCGUAUAUAUAUAUAUAUAUAUAUUGAAAAUAGGUCUAAUCUAAUCAAUAACAAAACGACAACAAAAAUAGGAGUGAAACGUACCUGAAAACAAUAGGGGGAAAAAAGAUAAAAAUGUGUGUUUCAGAUAAUUUUUUUUGUCACAUACGUAAAACAAUAGAACUGAACAAUACUGAUCAGAUUAAAGAUUUAUUAUUUCUGUCAGAAUUAUUUUAUUUGUGUCUAGUGUUGCUGGUAAUAGAAAAUUAGAUGACAGUCUAUAAUUUUGCCAUUUUUAAAUCUUAGAUCCUAAAACUAGCCUGUGAUUGAAAUCAAAUGAAAUCAAAUGACAAAGUCGAAUGUCAACUCAUUGGAUAAUAUCGUACAGAUGCUUGGUAACCUUGUAGUAUUAUCAGACACUGACCUCCUAAUACUUUGAUUGUACAGUGCUUAAGGUAUUGUUUUUGUGGAGUUUUAAUGUGUAUUUUUCAGAUUGAAAUCUUAUGUUGGUAAUGUGAUUGCAUGUAUAACAAUAUUUGUAGUGGACUGUUGUUAAGCUAUUAUGCUCUAUUUUACAUUCAUGUAAUCCUAUAAGCAUAAACAUGAUCUACUUUCUAAAUUUAAAGCGAAAGUCUUUUGCAUUUUAUAUCCUAAUUUAGUUUUACUGUAUUGUUGCAUCAAGACAGGCACAUUUAUAUUUGUAUGUUUUUUGUGAACUAUGUGUAUACUGUAUUUGGUUUUUGUUUUACUGUAUCAUAGAUUUACUCUCUGAAAGCAACCGAUUUAUAUAUAAAAAUAUCCCUGAAUAACUGUAUUUGUUUAGACUAUUCUGUAUUUACUCUGUUUUGCAAGUGCAAAGUGGUGGUGUGCAUUUUGAUCAGGUAGAAUUUAGAUCUCUUUUCUAAACUCCUUUUAAUGUCUGUUGUUUUUCUUUGCCCGAAAUAUUAUGAUUUCACUUUGCCAGUAUAUAAUAGGAGAAUGACAUUUCUUCAUGAAUAUCUGGAUGACCACACACCUUAGCUGUUUUUUUUAAUAUGGUUAUUUACUGUGAAUGAGGUGAUAUCUCACUGUCCCUCUUUAAUUCUUGUCACCGCGUGUUCUGCCUAGCAACAAUGAUGUAUAGCGAAGGUUAGUUUGCAUUUUUGUUUAUAAUAUGCGACAACUUAUAAUAUAUUCAACUUUUUUAUGCAUUUCCACACUUACUCUGUAUACUUUACUUGUACACAUAGUGUAUCACAGACUAUUUCGCCAUAGCCUCCUCAAAGUGUGACCAGAACUAUAUGAUCUCAGUGUCUGCUGCGUUCCACCUGCUCAAUAUGACACAUCUAGCAGGAGCAGUGUGAAGUUGCGUAAGCCUGGUGAGGGGGUGGUGGCUGUGCAGGCUGAUGGGGUGUGAUUUUAAUUGGAUUCCUGCCUUUUCCAGUCGUCCCCAGGUCAAGCCAGUGGUGUUGGUGCUCCCUGACUUGGGCUUCUUUUAAUCUCCACCCCCUCCUGUAUAUAGCAACCCACUUUUACACUCUCUCAUCUGCUGCUGUGCCUGUGCUCUUGGCUACGCUUUUCUCCCAUGACUCCCUUAAACCGGCCCCUUAAUCUGUGCAGCAGUGUGGUCCUGUGGCAGGUGGGUGCCACAGUGUUUUAUGAAACUCAAAUCACAAAACUCACCUUAUUUGAUCUUCCAUCCUUCAGAUCGUUUACAAAGUCACCAUCGUCCAUUCAUACUCUGCCUCCUUUUUCGGCCAAACCAUGUUUUCUUCUUAGCCUUACUUUCAUUUGUCUCUUUCCAAAUGGGGUGUGUUAGGCUUUGAGGGUUUUAGCGCAUGCGCACAAAUGCCCACACAUGCUCUUCCUGCUUACCCAGUUUAUUAUGCUCAGACACAGACAAAUAGAUUUUAGAGGUGAGGCUGUAAUGAGGCUAUCAAAAACAUGAAACGUGAGAGUGGUACAAGAGGGGGAACUCCGAGAUAGAGUCGUGUUUUCAGUUGUCAAGUUUCCUGUGAAUUUGUCUCAUUUGUUUUCCCGUUUUCAUUUAGAUAUGCUAAAGUGCUAACUUGACAAGUACCAUGUGUUCAGAAAAUAUUUUAAAGGGAUAGUUCAACUAAAAUGUAAAAUUCUGUCAUCAGUUGCUUGUGUCUUUAUGUGAUUCCAAUUUGUAGGCAUGCUUUCUGUGAUUAAAACUGUUUAUAACAA